AUGGACCCUUGGUUUUUAUCCGAAACGUCAGGUCCCGAUGUAUUUUGGCCGAGAACGCCGCCAUCGCCGAUACACCGCGUUAAAGCCAGAACCGACAAAGUGACUGCCAAUGGACGUCAGCUGGCGACCAUCAGCACAACCACUAGAUAUUGCCUUUAUCUCGUAUUGUUUGUCCACGCCAAAUCCAAUGCGCAGCCCCUAGGAUCGAUUCUGCAAGUCCAAGGCUCGCUGUUAACAUGGAACAUACCAGCAUUCUACCGCCAAGCCAUACCGAGUCUUUGCUCACAGGAGCACGGCCGUCCUCUUGAAGCCCCUCAAAUGGCUCUCUUCUCCUCUACCCUGGUCCCAGAAACCCUCAUCGACUCGUUCCUCGCCCCGGAUCUUCUCAAUCAAGACGGACCCUUUAAAUCUCCUAACACUACCGUCCUUGAUAACGCCCGCCAUGAGCUAGCCCACAGCGCCGUCCAAAAAGCAUGGCGCAUCGCCCCAAUCAUGACCAGCACUCGUCUGAACGUGGCCCGCCUGGUACCGCGACUAACUUCACCCCUCGGUGCAGCUCCCCUCCCCUCGCUCCCUCCUAACCACCGCUUCGGGAAGGCACUCUCGCGAGUAUCCUAA